GGAGGGGGGUUGAGGGGUGAGUGCCGUGUGUGAAAGUAAAGGGAGACAUGCCAGGGUGCUGGGUUCGUCAAAAAGACCUCCAUUUUUAUAAUGGAAAGUGGAUGUUUGGUACGGUCUUGGGAAAGGAUGGGAAACGUUAAAGGGAUGUAGACGAUUGCUUGGUUGGAUGACCUGUGAUUGCUGUAUGUUAUUUUUUUGCCUACAAUGUUCACUGGCUUUGAGAGUGAAUUGGGACGUGACUCCAGUAAAGAUUUGGGAAAACUGGCAUUAUUCAUGACACUAUGUAUUGCUCUUUUUACUAUAUUAUUAAUUAUUAUUUAUUGUAAUAUUCAGUAAAAUUGUGUGCCUCUUGUGUUUUUCGAACCUGGCUUAUUAUUCAGACAUGACUGGAGGGCCUUAUUGUUUUUUUUCCUGUUGACAAAUUUAUUUUUCUUGGUGACGUCCUUAUUGCAGGCGUUAUUGCCAUCUUAAAGCUAUUGAGAGGUGCAUUUUAAACCAGGAUAAGCUGUGAAUCACUUCGACGCUAUUUUAAUCAUGUUAGAGGGCUUUUUUUGUAACAGAUAAGACAUCGGUCUAGGGUUACAUUGCGGAAUACAUAAAUAAUAAUCGUAGAUUAGAUUACAAUUGGAAUAUUAAUAUUAUCAAUGUAUUAUUAUUAUUUUUAUCAUCAUCCUUAUUAUUACUAUUAUUGUUGUUAGGGUAUAGCUUUAAAGUUGAUAUAUUUCUAACACAAAUUCACAACGUCAGCCGCCUAAAAAACUUCAGUCUUUAAAACCAACAUCCAGAUCAUAAGUUUGCAAUUCCACCUCAAAAUCAUCCGACCGCAGAAAAAUAUUUUAACUUUCGUGAGUGGUCAAAUAUUUCGACAAUAAAUGCACUAAUGUGUCGGGAAACUAAAAUCCCUGAUCGAGUUUUUUUAAAGUAAGUGUGACUUUGUGUUGAUUAUCGUGCUGGUCUGUACGAUGUAAAUAUUGUGUUCAAUCAUUUUCGUUACAUCUGACCGACAACACUAUCAUGCCAUUACAUUCUUUUUAACGCGUUUUAUGCUUUUAUGACUUGACAUUAUAUCCGCACGGACAAGCUUUACAUUUAGACUACAUUUAUGUGAUCAUUUUAUUUACAGAUUCCCUCACAUAUUUUUUCCGUCAUUAAAUAUGCGCAAGAAAUGGUAAAUUAUAUAUGAAAAUUAUAUUCUUUAAAAUACACAAGGCUUCUCCUUUUCCUCGUGAAUUCAACAAUAAAAUGCCAUUGAGCAUUUAAAUAGCACAUUAUUGCCACAUAGAAUUUGAUGCCAAAUGAAUACACUUCGCAACUUUUUAUAAAUAUUACGUACAAUUUGGCAGUAUUUUUAUUUUCCAUUAAAUUAUCCAUAAAUUUGAUUAUCCCAGUAAGCCACAUUAUACAGAAAAAGAAAUUGACCCUCCAGCACACUGCAACAUACCUCCCGGUGCUCCCGUUAACGGCGCUGCGCGUCUCGUAAUGUUCAACUAUAUUGGUUUUGUUUCCGCGCUUUGAGCUUCACUGUAAGUUUUAUUAAACAGCUGUUAGACACAAGUGAACAGAGGCAGAAGCGCUGAUACUCUUACCAGACUCUGAUUGGACAAACGCGUGACGCCAGCGCACCGAUCGCAGCGAUGAUUGGUGGACGCGGUGCCAUUGCGGCGUAAACAAAGCAGCGAGGAAGGGUUUGAACUUCGCAUCGCUGACAUUAUCGCAGAUACAGCGACUCGGUGCGCGCGCGGAGGAGGGGCUCGCGCAAAGUUCCUGACAGUUCGCGCACUCUGGUUUAAAGACCGGCAUCAUAAUAGACGAAAAGACCACCCGACGAACAGAUAGAUAACGGAUAGGGGUCUUGACAGAGUUUAAUUCCUCGGCGGUCCGGAUAGGGUUAGUUUUCAGUCGCACAAUUUCUUUCCGUCACAUCGAGCUGCGUUUUGAAUUUUAUUGUUUGCGUUACGCAUCAAGCGUAUUAAAAAUGAACUGUCACAGUUGUGCGCUUGUAAAACACUAACAGAGGAAGACAGUUUAGCAUAUCCACACGCGCAGGAUUUCAUUCGGACGUUUGGACGACGUUUCUAAGACUCUCUGGUGUUCCUCUCGCGCGCAGGCGGACCACCGGACGGAGCGGCGCGUGCUCAUCCUCGGCUCAGCGGAGCUGUCAUGCUGCCUAAAGUCGAGUCAGAAUCUCUCGGACUCGCUCGGUCGCAUGGAGAACAGGGGCAUAUGCCUGGAAACAUGCAAGCCCCACAGUUUAAAAUGAUGGACUACUCCUACGAUGAAGAUUUGGACGAAAUGUGUCCAGUAUGUGGAGACAAGGUGUCUGGAUAUCACUAUGGCUUACUGACCUGUGAGAGCUGUAAGGGCUUCUUCAAGAGGACGGUGCAGAACAACAAACGUUACACAUGUAUAGAGAAUCAGAGCUGUCAGAUAGACAAGACCCAGCGGAAACGCUGCCCCUACUGCCGGUUUCAAAAGUGCCUCACUGUCGGCAUGAAACUGGAGGCCGUAAGGGCUGACCGAAUGAGGGGCGGACGCAACAAGUUCGGCCCCAUGUACAAACGAGACCGGGCCCUCAAGCAACAGAAGAAAGCCUUGAUCCGGGCCAACGGACUCAAGCUGGAAGCCAUGACGCAAGCCAUGCAAACAGUCCCAGCUGACCUCACCAUUACCUCUGCCAUUCAGAACAUCCAUUCGGCCUCCAAGGGCCUUCCACUGAGCCACCAUCAUCACCACCCCCAUCACCACCACCACCACCACCACCAUAGUUCCUCCAGCGCAGGCCUCCCGCCCGCAGACUUUGACCGAAGCCCCUUCGUCACGUCGCCGGUCAGCAUGGCCAUGCCCCCGCACGGCGGAGGCCUGCAGGGCUACCAGCCAUACGGCCACUUCCAAAGCCGCACCAUAAAAUCAGAGUACCCCGACCCUUACACAAGCUCGCCUGAGUCCCUCAUGGGCUACCCGUACGUCGAGGCCUACGCGGGUGGAUCGCCGCCGGCCUUCCCCCACCUGGUGGUGGAGCUACUGAAAUACGAGCCGGACGAACCUCAGGUGCAAGCUAAGAUUCUAGCGUACCUCCAGCAAGAACAGGCGAGCCGAGGCAAGCACGAGAAACUCAACACUUUUGGUCUCAUGUGCAAGAUGGCCGACCAGACGCUGUUCUCCAUUGUAGAAUGGGCCAGGAGCAGCAUCUUCUUCCGGGAACUGAAGGUUGACGACCAAAUGAAGCUCCUCCAAAACUGCUGGAGCGAACUUCUCAUUCUGGACCACGUUUUCCGGCAGGUGAUGCACGCCAAAGACGGCUCCAUCCUCCUCGUCACGGGGCAACAGGUGGAUUACGCCCUAAUUGCCUCCCAAGCCGGGGCCACACUCAACAACCUCCUCAGUCACGCGCAGGAGCUGGUGAGCAAACUACGUUCCCUCCAGCUGGACCAGAGGGAAUUCGUCUGCCUCAAGUUCCUGGUGCUGUUCAGCUUGGAUGUAAAGAACCUGGAGAACUUCCACCUGAUUGAGAGCGUCCAGGAACAGGUCAACGCUGCACUGUUGGACUACGUCAUGUGCAACUACCCCCAGCAGACGGACAAGUUCGGCCAGUUGCUGCUACGGUUGCCGGAGAUCCGAGCCAUCAGCCUGCAGGCGGAGGAAUAUCUGUACUACAAGCACCUGAACGGUGACGUGCCCUGUAACAAUCUACUUAUAGAGAUGCUGCACGCCAAACGUGCCUGAGGACCGCCCCCUACUCUUUACUGUCUACGCAUCGCACACACUGCUCCCAGCAUCAUCUCGAGUCCAGCGUCAUCACCAGACAUAGCCUUCGGACAAUGAAACGUGCGUACGUGAGAUUCGCACUGACUGGCUGUACUGGCACGAUUUUAAAGGAAGAGGAUGGCAAAGCGUAAAAGCGAGGGCGUAUGCAUUUCUAAAGAGAAAUGAAACGGACAAACGAAGUGUUAUAAUGACCUCUAGACCGCGGAUUUAUCAUAGUGUUGUCGAAUUCAUGAGCGUCAGUCGUUAUUUGUUCUGUGUGCAGCUGACCUUGCCAUUGAAAGGUCCAAUUUAAACUCAGACUUAAGCUGGAGGGUUUAAGAUUACAGGGAAAGGAAUGGGCUCUCUUUCAAGACGUAGACUGGUUUGCCAGCGUUGACCCACUGUUUCCAUUGAGGCCUGGACAUGUGCCCCCCCUCCCACUUGUCUGUUUAAAGGAACACAAGCUGGGCCCGAGCCAGAAUCUGAGGUUAACAGACAGCCAUCGCCUGCAUCUGCACCAUCCAAAGACUUUAUUCCAAACCCCUCACCAAAAAGUUAAUGUAUUUCUCGUUUAACAUUGGCAGUCAUUUCUUCUUUGACACUCUGCUGAUCCAAAAUAUCUCCCUCUAAAAUAAAUCAAUAAAUGGGUGAAUCUCACAGACCUGUCAAGGUCACAUUCAGUCAUUAGAUCGAACUAAAUUACAUUUUGCUUUAUACCCUAUUUUUUUUAUUUUGAGGCAUUAUGAAAAUGUUUUUAUUAAAAUAAGUCAUAUCCCCACAUUACAAUUAUACAAAUGUUAAAAAUAAACUGUAUAUAUAUAAUUCAUUUUCAUGAUUCACCAGGAAAAGUGCUCUUUAAUGUUUGCCGAUUAAAAGAAAAAAUACAAAACCCUUAAGCAAAAAGACUUAAUUAUCAUAACAAUAAUGCAACGAUUUAAAAAUGUUUUAAAAGCUCUUCUUAAAUUGGAAAAAUGACAAGUUGUUUUUAAAUACAACCUGGACCUGCACAGGCCUGUAUGAGAUUCACCUGAAAGGAUGUCUCAAUCUAAUCUAAUAGUGUCGAUUUUUUGAUUUUCAAAUAAUGACAAAACUGCAUCAAAAUGAACUGGAACUAAGCACAGAGUCAGAGCCACGAUGAAGAAAUCCCGCCUCAGUCAACACAAGACCAAAGCCUGCAGAGAACAAAGGAAUUAAAAAGAAACAACCACCCUUAACUAUCAGUAUUAAUAAUUUUUGAUGUCACAUUCAUGUGAGUCUUGCCUUAUUUCAUUUCCAUGCUAGCUAACCGUGCCGAUGUGAAUUACGAUAUGUAAAAUAAAAAGUCCAUAUCUAUAUAUAAAGUAUUAAUGUUAUACAAUUGAUAAGAAAUAAGGUGUUUACAUUCAUGUGGUCAUGUGGGAGAUAACUGUAAUGCGUUCAGUUGCAAAGCAAUGAUUUCAUAUGAAAACGAAACGAAACAAAAAAUGUUCACAAAAGACGACAUUUCCUCUCAGUUGCUUUUUUCGGUGUGUACAGUUUUCAACGUUCUUGCCCAGUACUUAAUUAUGUCGUGAGACACUAAAUCGGAGACGAAUCUCACUUAAUACUGAGUUUUGAGGAUUUUUUUUUACUUUUUUUUAUAGUGCUGGCUUAUUUCUGUGGAGUUCUCUUUUUGUAGAACCUCUUUUUACGUUCUACGUUUUAAAUGUACGUCACUGGUUAAGCUUAAUUUAUUGUGUUGGUUUCAUCCAUGUGUUCACACACAGAGGGGUGCGAUCCCGACAAAAUGUAUUUGUUUACUGUAGCACGUUUUUCAAAAUGUAGAUACAGUGAUUCACAUUAAACGACCACCGGUCCUGCCACUGUAAAAUAUGAAGAGCUGUAUUUAAAUGAUCUGGUGUGACUGACCGCUGCAUCUUUUCUAUCGUUAGAUUUCAAUGAAUGUGUUCAUCAUGGCAGUCUGUGUUCUAUACCAAAGACAGCGUCUGUCCCUUGGCUGCACUCACUUGUUGCAUCACAAUGAAUUGAUGAGAGAAUUGAUACUCUGGGACUGUCUUUGUUUUUCCUGAACGCUUCAUUUGACUGUGUUGCAUUUGAUUGGUGUUAAAGUCAACAUGAAAUGAAAACUGACCCUAUUUACUUUCUUCAUUCACGUUCCUGGUCUGGGUGUGCAUGUUCUUUCAUAUGAUCUGACACUUUUGCUGACAUCACCUAGGGCAGAAAAUAAGCAUAUCAAUGGUUUAUACAGCAUUUUAAUGUCAGCUAAUGUAACACAAGGAUUACAGCAAAUAAAUAUUUAUGGCAAAUAACAUUAGAUUUGAAAAAUGUGUUACCACAAGUUAGGUCGAGAUCCUUUUGAGUGUGAACUUCACGUAUCUCCAGAGUCCAAAUCCCAAGGCUUCUCAAAAGAUGCUGGUUUUUCAGAAGAGGAAAAUCCCACUUCAAACUCACAUUCAUAUAGUUUUGUCACUGUUCACAUUUUGAACUCCCGAUAGAUGAAAUCAAGUCCAGCACAAUUUUUUCAUUUGUAAAUGUCACAUUACAGAAGUAAAAUAGGUUACGAAUGCUGUUUCAUGUUGACUUUACAACCGUAAAACCGUGUUGAGGUGCCUGCUGCCAUUUACCUGUUUUAAAAUGACAUCACAGUGGAAAUGAUCAACACGGUGACUUGACAUCCCAUAAUAUGAGUUUAUUUAUACUACAAAAAUGUUUGAUAAAAACUCCUUGAAGGAAGUCAUCGCUAUACUCUUUCUAACCUCCCAGGUUAAAUCAAAGUAUUGAUUCUUUUACACAAAUGUGAUGUACAAAAUGUGAUGUCCAACGCUGAGCAAAGGAUGCAUGUCAUCUAACUGAAGGGUUCGUAACCUCCCAUUUGUACAUAAAGCCACAACGUCUUUAUCUGCUCUAGGAAAACUGAUUUGUAAUUUUGUCUGUCCUUGCUUCAUUUUGUGACUGUAAUGUGUGUGAUCAGACUGACAAUCUUAAGAAAUCCAGUGCCCCUCAUUCCCUUACUGUGCCAUUUUCCCCACUACAAACCAUUGGAUGUCUGCUUACCUGCUUCAUUGUUUGGAUUCUCUUAUUUUGUGCUCUGGAAGCCGCACUCAGACUCAAUCUCUGAUGUCACCUCUUGCCAUAAAGGGUUUUCAUACGAGCUCUUGGAAUCUGUCCAUCAUAUUGUAAUAAAUUACUAUUAUGCCAA